CAAUCCUUUGCUAUAUGACACAUUCAAAUAGCCACUUUGUACAUUUACCAGAGGGGUGAAGUCUCUUCUCUUUGGUUAAAACUCAAGUUAAGAAAAAAAAUACAGAUCGUGUCAGCUACGUGUCGGCAUCUGGAGGAAACAGAGGAAGUGUGUGUCAGGUGAGGAGCGUCACAUGUAGACAUCAGCUGGACGGAGAUAAAACACGAACUCCUGUCACUGGCAAAAAUGGCUCAUCUACCAACACUUUUCAAGUAUGUGGACGAACACCAGGAUCUGUAUGUUAAGCGCCUGGCAGACUGGGUGGAGGUCCAGAGUGUGUCUGCCUGGCCAGAGAAACGGGGGGAGAUCAAGAAGAUGAUGGAGAUGGCAGCCAAGGACAUUGAGAAGCUGGGGGGAACAGUGGAGAUGGUGGACAUCGGCAAACAGACGCUCCCCUCUGGAGAAGAGAUCCCCCUCCCUCCUAUCGUCCUGGGUCGUUUGGGGUCCGACCCGGGCAAGAAGACCGUGUGUAUCUACGGCCAUCUUGAUGUCCAGCCAGCACACAUAGAUGACGGCUGGGAUACGGAGCCUUUCACUCUGGUGGAGAAAGACGGUAAACUCUAUGGCAGAGGCUCCACAGAUGACAAGGGUCCAGUGUUGGCCUGGUUCAACUGUAUUGAAGCCUACCAGAAGAUCCAACAGGAGCUUCCCAUCAACAUCAAAUUCUGCUUUGAGGGAAUGGAAGAGUCUGGAUCUGAAGGCCUGGAUGAGCUGGUGUUUGCCCGUAAAGACACCUUCUUAAAGGAUGUGGACUAUGUCUGCAUCUCUGACAACUACUGGCUGGGCAAGACCAAACCCUGCAUCACCUACGGUCUGAGAGGAAUCUGCUACUUCUUUGUCGAGGUGAAGUGUGGUGACAGAGACCUGCACUCAGGCGUGUUUGGUGGCUCUGUCCACGAAGCCAUGACCGACCUGAUUGCACUCAUGGGCUCUCUGGUUGACAAGAAGGGGAAGAUUCUGGUUCCUGGUAUGAACGACGACGUGGCCCCUCUGACAGAUGAUGAGAAAAAGCUGUAUGAGAAGAUCGACUUUGACUUGGAUGAAUACUGCAAAGAUGUUGGAGUUGGACAGCUGCUUCAUGACACCAAGGAGAAAAUCCUGAUGCACCGCUGGAGAUACCCAUCUCUUUCUCUUCAUGGUAUUGAGGGAGCUUUUGCUGAAGCAGGGGCCAAGACUGUGAUUCCCCGCAAGGUUACUGGCAAGUUCUCCAUCCGCCUUGUCCCUGACAUGGACCCCAAAGUUGUGGAGAAGCAGGUUAUCAGCCACCUGGAGAAGAAGUUUUCUGAACUGGGAAGUCCCAACAAGCUGAAUGUUUACAUGGGCCAUGGAGCUAAGGCCUGGGUGUCUGACUUUAACCAUCCACACUACAUGGCUGGCCGAAAGGCCAUGAAGACAGUCUUUGGCGUGGAGCCUGACCUGACCCGUGAAGGUGGAAGCAUCCCUGUCACCCUGACAUUCCAGGAGGCUACAGGUCGUAAUGUCAUGCUGCUCCCUGUGGGAUCCUCUGAUGAUGGAGCUCACUCCCAAAAUGAAAAGCUCAACAGAAUCAACUACAUUCAGGGAGUCAAGAUGCUGGGUGCAUACUUCCAUGAGGUUUCCCAGCUGGAAUGAAGCAAUGCAUUAGUAUUAAAAUGUAAAAUAUGUCCAUCCUCACUAUCAGAACCAUAACCCUUGUGGUAUGAUUUACCUUCCACGGUUAAUAGUUUUAUACCCACCGCCUCCUAAUAAUAAAACCCUUUUCUUUGUUA